AUGUCAGAAAUUGUCAUGCAGAGACAAGAAAUGGCCAAUCGACUGAAACAAGAGACUGAGUUGGAAAAGACACAUCUUAUAGAACGAAAGGCAGAGCAGAAGCAAGACAGAGAGGAUCUGGAUAGAGAGAGUGAGAUGAUGAACAAAGAGAAAUUGGACUUGGAGCUGAUGAGGUCUGACAUCCUGAAACAAAGUGACAUAUUAGAACAAGUGAUACAAGAUAUAAAAGAGGAAAAAGACAAACUGGAAAUCACAAAGACUGAGCUACAAAAGAAGAAAGAACAUGCAGACAGUCAGUUUGAUGAGAUCAACAGACAGAAAACCAACAUUAAAGAUCUGACACUUCAGCUUCAGACAGAAAGAGACAAACUUGAGAAUGUCAUGAACAUGAUAACCUUAAAACAAGAGGAACAUCAACUCAAGGAAGAAGAGUUCAAAAGACAAACACAAGUACUGGAAACCAGUAAGAACAGUGUACUGUUAGAAAGAGAAGAACUGGAACUUUUGAGGAAGGAUCUCAACAGGAAGAAAGAAGAGGUUGAAACUGCCAUGAUCACCAUCAAUGGAGAGAGAGAACAACUCAAUGAGAUGAAGAGUAGUACUGACCUGGACAGACGAAUGCUCGAGAAAGAAAAGGACAGAAUGGAAGGAGAAAGGUCUGAGCUGAAAAUAAGAGAAGAUCAACUCCUGAAUGAAAUGAAAUCCCUAGAAUAUCUGAGGGAAAACCUGCAACAGCUGGAUGUAAGGAUGAGUGAAGAUGUGAAAAACAAAAUCAUGAGACUGGAACAAAACAAUGAAGACUUACUAAAACUGUUGAGUGUUUUGGGGAAAAAGCAUGAGGCUCUGGAUAAACUGAAGGAAAAUAUGUCAUCUUACACUGAGACAUUAGAGAGAGAAAGAGAAGGGUUGAAGAGUACGAUGUCAGAAAUUGUCAUGCAGAGACAAGAAAUGGCCAAUCGACUGAAACAAGAGACUGAGUUGGAAAAGACACAUCUUAUAGAACGAAAGGCAGAGCAGAAGCAAGACAGAGAGGAUCUGGAUAGAGAGAGUGAGAUGAUGAACAAAGAGAAAUUGGACUUGGAGCUGAUGAGGUCUGACAUCCUAAAACAAAGUGACAUAUUAGAACAAGUGAUACAAGAUAUAAAAGAGGAAAAAGACAAACUGGAAAUCACAAAGACUGAGCUACAAAAGAAGAAAGAACAUGCAGACAGUCAGUUUGAUGACAUCAACAGACAGAAAACCAACAUUAAAGAUCUGACACUUCAGCUUCAGACAGAAAGAGACAAACUUGACAAUGUCAUGAACAUGAUUACCUUAAAACAAGAAGAACAACAACUCAAGGAAGAAGAGUUCAAAAGACAAACACAAGAACUGGAAACCAGUAAGAACAGUGUACUGAGAGAACAACUCAAUGAGAUGAAGAGUAGUACUGACCUGGACAGACGAAUGCUCGUGAAAGAAAAGGACAGAAUGGAAGGAGAAAGAUCAGAGCUGAAAAUAAGAGAAGAUCAACUCCAGAAUGAAAUGAAAUCCCUAGAAUAUCUGAGGGAAAAACUGCAACAGCUGGAUGAAAGGAUGAGUGAAGAUGUGAAAAACAAAAUCAUGAGACUGGAACAAAACAAUGAAGACUUACUAAAACUGUUGAGUGUUUUGGGGAAAAAGCAUGAGGCUCUGGAUAAACUGAAGGAAAAUAUGUCAUCUUACACUGAGAUAUUAGAAAGAGAAAGAGAAGGGUUGAAGAGUACGAUGUCAGAAAUUGUUAUGCAGAGACAAGAAAUGGCCAAUCGACUGGAACAAGAGGCUGAGUUGGAAAAGACACAUCUUAUAGAACUAAAGGCAGAGCAGAAGCAAGACAGAGAGGAUCUGGAUAGAGAGAGUGAGAUGAUGAACAAAGAGAAACUGGACUUGGAGAUGAUGAGGUCUGACAUACUGAAACAAAGUGACAUAUUAGAACAAGUGAUACAAGAUAUAGACGAGGAAAAAGAAAAACUGAAAAACACAAAGACUGAGCUACAACAGAAGAAAGAACAUGCAGAAAGUCAGUUUUAUGAGAUCAACAGAGAGAAAAUCAACAUUGAAGAUCUGACCAUUCAGCUUCAGACAGAAAGAGACAAACUUGACAAUGUCAUGAACAUGAUAACCUUAAAACAAGAAGAACAACAACUCAAGGAAGAAGAGUUCAUAAGACAAAUACAAGUACUGGAAACCAGUAAGAACAGUGUACUGUUAGAAAGAGAAGAACUGGAACUUUUGAGGAAGGAUCUCAACAGGAAGAAAGAAGAGGUUGAAACUGCCAUGAUCACCAUCAAUGGAGAGAGAGAACAACUCAAUGAGAUGAAGAGUAGUAUUGACCUGGACAGACGAAUGCUCGAGAAAGAAAAGGACAGAAUGGAAGGAGAAAGGUCUGAGCUGAAAAUAAGAGAAGAUCAACUCCUGCAUGAAAUGAAAUCCCUAGAAUAUCUGAGGGAAAAACUGCAACAGCUGAAUGAAAGGAUGAGUGAAGAUGUGAAAAACAAAAUCAUGAGACUGGAACAAAACAAUGAAGACUUACUAAAACUGUUGAGUGUUUUGGGGCAAAAGCAUGAGGCUCUGGAUAAACUGAAGGAAAAUAUGUCAUCUUACACUGAGAUAUUAGAAAGAGAAAGAGAAGGGUUGAAGAGUACAAUGUCAGAAAUUGUCAUGCAGAGACAAGAAAUGGCCAAUCGACUGAAAAAAGAGACUGAGUUGGAAAAGACACAUCUUAUAGAACUAAAGGCAGAGCAGAAGCAAGACAGAGAGGAUCUGGAUAGAGAGAGUGAGAUGAUGAAAAAAGAGAAACUGGACUUGGAGCUGAUGAGGUCUGACAUCCUGAAACAAAGUGACAUAUUAGAACAAGUGAUACAAGAUAUAAAAGAGGAAAAAGACAAACUGGAAAUCAGAAAGACUGAGCUACAAAAGAAGAAAGAACAUGCAGACAGUCAGUUUGAUGAGAUCAACAGACAGAAAACCAACAUUAAAAAUCUGACCCUUCAGCUUCAGACAGAAAGAGACAAACUUGACAAUGUCAUGAACAUGAUUACCUUAAAACAAGAAGAACAACAACUCAAGGAAGAAGAGUUCAAAAGACAAACACAAGAACUGGAAACCAGUAAGAACAGUGUAUUGGUAGAAAGAGAAGAACUGGAACUUUUGAGGAAGGAUCUCAACAGGAAGAAAGAAGAGGUUGAAGCUGCCAUGAACAUCAUCAGUAGAAGAUCAACUCUGAAUGAAAUGAAAUCCCUAGAAUAUCUGAGGGAAAAACUGCAACAGCUGAAUGAAAGGAUGAGUGAAGAUGAAAACAAAAUCAUGAGACUGGAACAAAACAAUGAAGACUUAUUGAAACUGUUGAGUGUUUUGGAGCAAAAGCAUGAGGUUCUGGAUAAACUUAAGGAAAAUAUGUCAUCUUACACUGAGACAUUAGAGAGAGAAAGAGAAGGGUUGAAGAGUACGAUGUCAGAAAUUGUCAUGCAGAGACAAGAAAUGGCCAAUCGACUGAAACAAGAGACUGAGUUGGAAAAGACACAUCUUAUAGAACUAAAGGCAGAGCAGAAGCAAGACAGAGAGGAUCUGGAUAGAGAGAGUGAGAUGAUGAACAAAGAGAAACUGGACUUGGAGCUGGUGAGGUCUGACAUCCUGAAACAAAGUGACAUAUUAGAACAAGUGAUACAAGAUAUAAAAGAGGAAAAAGACAAACUGGAAAUCACAAAGACUGAGCUACAAAAGAAGAAAGAACAUGCAGACAGUCAGUUUGAUGAGAUCAACAGACAGAAAACCAACAUCAAAAAUCUGACCCUUCAGCUUCAGACAGAAAGAGACAAACUUGACAAUGUCAUGAACAUGAUUACCUUAAAACAAGAAGAACAACAACUCAAGGAAGAAGAGUUCAAAAGACAAACACAAGAACUGGAAACCAGUAAGAACAGUGUAUUGGUAGAAAGAGAAGAACUGGAACUUUUGAGGAAGGAUCUCAACAGGAAGAAAGAAGAGGUUGAAGCUGCCAUGAACAUCAUCAGUAGACAAGAAAUGGCCAAUCGACUGAAACAAGAGGCUGAGUUGGAAAAGACACAUCUUAUAGAACUAAAGGCAGAGCAGAAGCAAGACAGAGAGGAUCUGGAUAGAGAGAGUGAGAUGAUGAACAAAGAGAAACUGGACUUGGAGAUGAUGAGGUCUGACAUACUGAAACAAAGUGACAUAUUAGAACAAGUGAUACAAGAUAUAGACGAGGAAAAAGAAAAACUGAAAAACACAAAGACUGAGCUACAACAGAAGAAAGAACAUGCAGAAAGUCAGUUUUAUGAGAUCAACAGAGAGAAAAUCAACAUUGAAGAUCUGACCAUUCAGCUUCAGACAGAAAGAGACAAACUUGACAAUGUCAUGAACAUGAUAACCUUAAAACAAGAAGAACAACAACUCAAGGAAGAAGAGUUCAUAAGACAAAUACAAGUACUGGAAACCAGUAAGAACAGUGUACUGUUAGAAAGAGAAGAACUGGAACUUUUGAGGAAGGAUCUCAACAGGAAGAAAGAAGAGGUUGAAACUGCCAUGAUCACCAUCAAUGGAGAGAGAGAACAACUCAAUGAGAUGAAGAGUAGUAUUGACCUGGACAGACGAAUGCUCGAGAAAGAAAAGGACAGAAUGGAAGGAGAAAGGUCUGAGCUGAAAAUAAGAGAAGAUCAACUCCUGAAUGAAAUGAAAUCCCUUGAAUAUCUGAGGGAAAAACUGCAACAGCUGAAUGAAAGGAUGAGUGAAGAUCUGAUGAGGUCUGACAUCCUGAAACAAAGUGACAUAUUAGAACAAGUGAUACAAGAUAUAAAAGAGGAAAAAGACAAACUGGAAAUCAGAAAGACUGAGCUACAAAAGAAGAAAGAACAUGCAGACAGUCAGUUUGAUGAGAUCAACAGACAGAAAACCAACAUUAAAGAUCUGACACUUCAGCUUCAGACAGAAAGAGACAAACUUGACAAUGUCAUGAACAUGAUUACCUUAAAACAAGAAGAACAACAACUCAAGGAAGAAGAGUUCAAAAGACAAACACAAGAACUGGAAACCAGUAAGAACAGUGUACUGGUAGAAAGAGAAGAACUGGAACUUUUGAGGAAGGAUCUCAACAGGAAGAAAGAAGAGGUUGAAGCUGCCAUGAACAUCAUCAGUGUAGAAAGAGACCAACUCAAUCGGAAGAAGAAUAGUACUGACAUGGACAGACGAAUGCUAGAGAAUGAAAAGGACAGAAUGGAAGGAGAAAGGUCUGACCUGAAAAUAAGAGAAGAUCAACUCUUGAAUGAAAUGAAAUCCCUAGAAUAUCUGAGGGAAAAACUGCAACAGCUGAAUGAAAGGAUGAGUGAAGAUGUGAAAAACAAAAUCAUGAGACUGGAACAAAACAUUGAAGACUUACUAAAACUGUUGAGUGUUUUGGGGCAAAAGCAUGAGGCUCUGGAUAAACUGAAGGAAAAUAUGUCAUCUUACACUGAGAUAUUAGAAAGAGAAAGAGAAGGGUUGAAGAGUACGAUGUCAGAAAUUGUCAUGCAGAGACAAGAAAUGGCCAAUCGACUGAAACAAGAGACUGAGUUGGAAAAGACACAUCUUAUAGAACGAAAGGCAGAGCAGAAGCAAGACAGAGAGGAUCUGGAUAGAGAGAGUGAGAUGAUGAACAAAGAGAAAUUGGACUUGAGCUGA